GGUAAAUAAUAUUAUUAGUGGAAAUCAGUAGGAAAUGUUUCAUCAAUUUGGUUAAUCAUUUCACUUAGUAUUUUCAAGUAAUGUGGUUUGUACAGUUUACUCUUGGUUAUUUAAUAGUUCUACAAUACUGCGAUGGGGAGAGAUUUACCUUUUGUAAAAGUAACAACAAAGACUUUGACAACUGUUUAAAGAGAUCUAUGCAAGAAGCUAUUAAAUUACUAAAAGACGAUAUUCCCGAGUAUAAUUUAACAAACCUUAAAGUAGUUAGACCUUCAAAGGUUACAAUACAAGCUGGAGUAGGAGCUGUCCAAUUAAUCCAAAAUUACAAAAAUGUAGAAAUUACCGGUUAUUUAGAUGCAGUAGUUAAGGAGGCUCAUUUUGAUACAAAUCAAGAAAUAUUUAAUUUUACCGUAACAAUACCCCAGUAUAUUCAAAAGGCAGACUACUGGCUAGAUGGGAACGUAUUGGCCAUGCCUGUUGUAGGAUCUGGGCCUUCGGUAUUGCAACUUGAUAAUCUGGAGAUGAAACAUAUCCUCCAGCUGGAAAAGUAUACAAAGAGCGACAAAACUUAUUACAAAAUUAAAUCAUAUGAUUUGCACAUGUCUAUCACAAAGGCACACUUGAGGUUUGACAACAUGUUUGGUAAUAAGAUGUUAAGUGACAAUUUGAACACUGUAUUAAAUGAAAAUUGGGAAACACUGUUCAACGAUACAAAAUCUUCAAUUGAGGAAGCUGUUAUUGCUGUUCUAAAACCUUAUAUACAAACUUUCUUUAACGAAGUUCCAACAGAGGAGCUGUUUUAGGAAUUGUUGAAUGUGAUUUACAUGCUAAUAAAUAAUUUAUUUUUAAAUAUACUUACAUUUUCAUACGGUUUUCAACAAAAAGCAAAACCAAGACCAAGACUAACUUUAUAUCUUAGAUCUAUAAGACCAAGACCGAACAGCGCAACACCUCCUUGAUUUAAGUAAGAACAAUCUUCAGAUUGUCACGGGGUUUUUAACAGGGCAUUGUAUUCUCAAUAAAAUCAGAAGGCUGAAGCUAAGAAACAACGGUAAAGGCAG